CCAUAGCCACAGGGAUCGCCAUCGGAGACCCGAGACACACCGGACCGGAGUGGACAGAUCUGACCCCCUGAGAGAGGAGUGGACGGGCAGACAUAGGGUCACUAUAACAAAUCCACAUUUCAUAUAUAUAUAUCUGACACUUGCUUAAAAUGAGUCGAGGAAAGACGAGUAUUGAGACGCUUAUAGAAAUGGACCCAACUGGCGAAGAAAACAAUGGCUUCCAUGGCAGUCUGGAUAAGGAGACUCUUCAGCCUGAAGAUGAAGAGGUGGAGAAGCAGCAGAGCAAGGACUCGGUGAACUUCAGAGACGGCGUGCGGAGGAUAGAUUUCGUCCUGUCUUACAUCGAAGACAAGGAUGGAGAAAAAAAACAGGAUCGAAGGAAGGAGUUUGAGGCUAACUUACAGAAGAUUGGACUUGAGCUGGAGACGGAGGACAAAUCUGAGUCUGAAGAUGGGAAGACGUACUUCCUGAAGAUCCACGUCCCGUGGGAAGUGCUGGCAACAUACGCAGACGUGCUGAAGAUCAAAGUGCCUUUUAAAGCCAGUGAUAUUCCAGAUAAAGAAGACGCACCCAUGAGCUGGCUCUGUGCGCCCUGCCGUCUGCCCGAGCACGUGAUGCAGCCGGAGCCCGACUACUUCACCGCCACCUUUGACAAGAGCAAACCCGACUUCUUCCUCAUCCAGGACAAAGACACCUUCUUUCCUUCAUCCACACGGAGCAGGAUUGUAUAUUACAUCCUCUCCCGAUGUCCGUACAGUAAAGAUGACAAGGAUAAGAAGGGCAUCAAGAGGCUGCUGAACAACGGGACUUACACAGCUGCCUUCCCUCUUCAUGAUUGUAGGUACUGGACCAGGUCUCGUGAUCCGAACUGUGAGAGCGAACGCUAUGCCUUGUAUAAAUACUGGGGUUGUUUCAGCAGCUUUUACAAGGAGCAGCCGCUCAACCUCAUACGGAAGUACUAUGGAGAGAAGAUCGCCAUCUACUUCGCUUGGCUGGGUUUCUACACAGAGAUGCUCCUCUAUGCCGCAGUUGUUGGUCUGCUCUGUUUCAUCUAUGGUUUGGCCACCUUUGACGAAAACGUUUGGAGUAAAGAGGUCUGUAAUGAGACCAUCGGGGGUCAGAUUAUCAUGUGUCCUCUCUGUGAUAAGAAAUGUGGCUACUGGAAGCUCAUCACGACCUGUAGCUCCUCAUGGCAAUCGUAUCUGUUCGACAACACAGCGACGGUGUUCUUUGCCAUAUUCAUGGGGAUAUGGGUGACUCUGUUCCUGGAGUUCUGGAAGCGGCGUCAGGCUCGACUGGAGUACGAGUGGGAUCUGGUGGACAUGGAGGGAGAGCAGCAACAGAUGCAGCUCAGACCCGAAUACGAGUCCAAGUGCACCCACCGUCGACUCAACCACGUCACGCAAGAGAUGGAGCCUUAUUUACCUCUAACAAGCAAGUGUGCUCGUUCAGUCCUGUCCGGCGCCACCGUCCUCUUCUGGAUCUCUCUGAUUAUCGCCUGUAUAAUCGCUGUGAUUGUGUACCGUCUGUCGGUGUUUGCGGCGUUCGCCAGCAUCAUGAAGGACAGCCACACCGAUAAGCUGGAUUUGAUUGGAAACCUCAUCACGCCGCAGUUCGCCACAUCCAUCACGGCUUCCUGCAUCAACUUCGUCAUCAUCAUGAUCCUGAACUUCCUGUACGAGUAUGUAGCCAUAAAGAUCACUGAUAUGGAGGUUCCCAAAACCCAUGUGGAGUACGAGAACAAGCUAACGGUGAAGAUGUUCCUCUUCCAGUUUGUCAACUACUAUUCCUCUUGCUUCUACGUCGCCUUUUUCAAGGGAAAAUUUGUGGGGUACCCUGGAGACUAUUCCUACAUGUUCGGCAAGUGGAGAAAUGAGGAGUGCGAGCCAGCCGGCUGUUUGAUCGAGUUAACCACUCAGUUAGUGAUCGUGAUGGCAGGUAAACAGGUGUGGGGGAACGUACAGGAAGCUCUCAUCCCCUGGAUGAUUAACUGGUGGGUGAGCAGAAGUGCCCGGAGUAACCCGGAGAGUCUGUACAGCCGCUGGGAGCAGGACCAUGACCUGCAGAGCUUCAGUCAGCUCGGCCUCUUCUACGAGUACCUGGAGAUGGUUGUCCAGUUUGGCUUCAUCACUCUGUUUGUGGCCUCUUUCCCGCUGGCUCCUCUGCUGGCUCUGAUGAAUAAUAUCUUGGAAGUGCGAGUGGACGCCUGGAAAUUCACCACUCAGUGCCGCCGGCCCGUAGCAGCCAAAGCACAGGGCAUCGGCGCAUGGGACGAGAUCCUCAACAUGAUUGCCGUUUUCUCAGUGGUCACGAAUGCUGUCAUUGUCUCAUUCACGUCUGAGAUGAUCCCUCGGUUGGUGUAUAAGUACGCGUAUUCGGACAGCACGAUGGUAGGAUACAUCAACAACAGCCUUUCAGUCUUCAACAUCUCCGAGAUCCCAGUGGAAAGCCGUCCGGAUGAUGGCGAGAGCCCGGAUUGGUUCUACAGCUCCAACAUCACCACCUGCAGGUAUCGUGACUACCGCUACCCUCCAGGACACGAGAAACAGUACACUUAUACCAUGCAGUUCUGGCACAUUCUCGCUGCCAAAUUAGCCUUUAUCAUCAGCGUGGAGCAUGUGGUGUUUGUGGUGAAGCUCUUUGUGGCGUGGUUGAUCCCAGAUGUGCCGUCAGACAUUGAAGCUCGUACGAAGCGCGAGCGUUACCUCAUCCAAGAGUACCUGCACAACUACGAGCUGGAAAAACUCAAAACCCAGCUGAACCAGAACGGUCCUAACAUCGAGCCGUGCGGAUCUCCCGCUGCAGACAGCAAUUCAGUGAAGCUGGAGGUGUCCUCGGACUGUCUGACCUGACACAGGUCUCGACACUAGUGCCAGGAAGCCAGUUAGACGGCUUUCACUCGGCCUGUGUCUCAAAACAGUCCUCUGUCUCAUCAUAUGUUGGAUAACCUUUUCACACCACGUCCAUUGUUUGGGAAACUCCUCGACAAAUCACUCCCAUAUUAUGUCUCCCAGACCCCUCACUUUCAGUCAUGUGACCUCUAAGAGAUAUAAAGUGUAAUAUCUUCUAUGUGUAUUUAGAUAUACAUUUAUAUCUAUGCAGAAUGACACUUUUACUCUUCAGGAACAAUUACUGCAGGUUUUCUCAUGUUGUUCUCUGCUGUUGUCUCUGUAAGACACUACAGACGUACAGAACAGACAGUUUAUGAUCUGUGUGAAAGUCUGGCUGUUGACAUGUCCGUUAAAAACGUCAAGGUUAGAUUUCAGCCCAAAACCAAACUGGGUCGAAUAUAAAAGGGGUCAUUUCAGGAUUUGUGUGAUUCACUCUGAAUGAAAGCUUAGAUUAGUGUGUCCUUCACACAGCGUCAACAUACACUAACUUUAUUGCUUAGAAUGCCUUUAAGCUACCAAAGAUUAAAAUGCCUUAACGUCGCAGACAUAUUUUACAUUAUUAAAAAACACAUAAAUAUUAAAACACUUAUAUUUUACUGUAUAUUAGGAAUUCCUUUACAAAGAAUUUUAUUAUUAUUAUUAUUAUUAUUAUAUACUGGCAUUUAUGUAUUUUCUUUUAUGAUUAAAACUGUACAAUAUUUAAGACAAACUGCCGCUGACAUUAUUUUCCAGUAUUGUGUCAUAGCUUGAUGCAGCUUUUUUUUUAAGCAUCCUAUAAUACUAGAUUUAUUUUAUUUGCUGGAAAUAGUAUGCAAAAAAAAAAAAAGAAAAAAAAAGGUUCUAUGCUAAAAUUAAGUAGAUAGAUGUAUAAACCUGCACAUUAUAUUCUUGCUGUGAUCAGUGACGGAGGCCUUUAAUCUUCACUCACGCUAUUUAUAAAGCAGUUCUCACUCUUUCAUAGUUAAAGGUAAUCUGCAUUUUAAAGCUUUACAUUGAUGGACAGGGCACAAACUUCUCAAAGCCAAAGUUGCUCCGGUGAUUUAAAAGGCAAAGCUAAUGUCUUUUUAAUGUGCCUUUAUCUCAAUGCAAAAUCCAUGCUGAGCAUUUAUUUGUGUUUCCUUUCCAAUUCAUUUACUGUGUUGUCCUGGUCUGAGUUAGUUUUGCACGAAGCACUUAAUGAGGAGUGAUUUAUCUCAGUGUUAUUGAGGCAAGAUGUGUGACAAACAACCCUUGUAUUUAUAAUAUGACAAUCUGAUAAUUUAUUUGGCAUGGGACUAAAAGCUUAAGAGACUUCAAAUCAAGUAAUUAUACGAGGACCAUGAACAGCUGGCAGUCAGACAUGUCUAUUUGCUAAUGAUGAUCACAUCUCAGCAUGUGCCUUUUGCUGUGAUUUGUGACUUGAAUAUUUCAUUUGGAAAUCAUGAUGGUUUUCUGUAAAUGUUUUGUUUUCAGUCUCUGGUUCAAAUAUGAAGAGUUUAGUGACUGUUUGGUCAGUUGUAGAACAGCCAUUUAUCGGUAAAACAUCACCUGAUCUUUGUGACAUUUCAGCUAGAUGUUCUGGGUGAUCGAAUGAUCAGCGAUUAUGCCUUAACCUUUAUCUGUGUUUCUUUAUGAUCACUGUUUUGAAGUUGAUUUAUGCUUGUUUUUAUGCAUGGUUAUUUUGGAUGUGGAUAUCAAUCUGAAGUUUUUUUGGCUAAUGUACCAGAAUUGUGCUCCGUUUUUCAUAUUUUAGGCAAACUAUUGUCUCCAGAAUAAACUAUUGAAUCCACCAGAGACUGUUGUGGACGUUGC